GCGAAUCAGUGACAAUCGGUACGCCCGUCUGCUCGGUCGACUUGUUUACCUAUUCUCCGAUUUAUUGUGGUUGUUGGUGUGAACGCUGCUCAACACAGCUCCAUCUAUAUAAACAUCGAACUAAUUAUCAUACAUUUAUCAUUCGACAGUAGAAAUCAAUCAAUGCACAAACACCAUACAGAAAGUGUUCCACUGGUCUAGUGAAGGAACUAAAAGAAAAUUGUGAAAUUACACUGCUCUUCUCACAUCGUAUGACACAAAGAGACCGCUCGAGUGCCCUCCUGAAAAACGAUAACAGUCUUGGCUGUGCGAAGAUUUUUAUGCAAACGCUUUACCUAACCGAGAAAAAAUCAUAAGUUAAUUCGCGAAUUGAAUGGCACAGACAAAUGGUGAAAUACAUGAAACAUUCAGGUAAAAAAGGCUAGCAACAAAAAUUGCGCCUAUUGAACUUCAAGUGAGCGUAACAGCCAGUGACGUCAUUUAAUGAUUCGUGUUCUCUGGAUAAUCACUCAUCUAUUCACGUUUCGGGAGAGUAAAGAGUGGUGAACAGCAAAGUACCGACACAAACUUCAUCAAAAAUACAGAUUUCUCCACAAUGCAGGAUACGGAAACUGGAGAAGAGAAUUAUGGGCAAUACAGAAACUGUUCCCUGUAUCACGACGCGGAAACAGGCGAAAACAGUUACUACCCGACAUUCGAGCUUCGCCGGGAUCGGUCAAACUUUUCCAUACCAAGACAGUACUUGCAUAAUAAGGAAACAGUUGAAGUUAAACAAAAGGAGGGAUGUAUUAAUAAGCUCGACUAUAGCUAUCCUUUAGUAAGCCGGGAAAAGGUUAUGAAUUUGAAAAAGGAAACCAUACUCGGUUACAAUAAAACAAGCCAUCUACUUCUGCUGAUACCAUCACUAUUCAUUGUGUCCAAGUUAGCCGCUAUAUUGAUUAUCUUCAUUGAAGCUGCCCUUCAUAUCUGGGCUCAUAAAAAGAACAACAGCAACUCCAAUCCAGACAUCUAUUACCGAAGUCCAAUGCACAUAACUACGAAGCAUUUCUGCGGAAUCUGUCGCGACCAACGCCAGAUGAAUAAAAUUGAACAGCUACAGGAUAAGAGAAUGAAACAGAUGCAAAAUUAUGUCCGAGACCUGGCGAAAAAUAUAGCUUAGUUUUCACCAAUUUA